GGCCACGGGGUUGCGGGGCCGCUUCAGGCCGGAGAGUCGGUGUCCUGCGCCUCCGCGUCCGGCCGGGCGCCGCGUGGCUGGGAACUGACAGCGGCAGCGCACGGCCCAGCUGGCCCUGGGCAGCAACGGGACAGGUGGAUCACGGAGGGAUGGUGCUGGUGCCCGUCGCACCUGUGCCCGGAUGGUGGGGUGCGGACGCCCUCGGUGUGUUUGCGGUUCGGUUGGCUUUGACCUUCGCGGCGUCCGGCACCUUCACGUACGCGCGCGGGCGCGUUCCAGAUGGUGGUCCUGGCGCCCCCGGCCCGACGUCGUUGUGACUCCAGGUUAUUGUUGGAGUGACCAGGACAUCACCUUCUAGAAGUAAUGCCCACAGAAAGCGGGAGUUGUUCAACUGCUCGCCAAGCAAAACAGAAACGCAAAUCUCAUAGCCUUUCUAUAAGAAGAACCAACAGCUCAGAGCAGGAGAGGACGGGCCUGCCAAGAGAGAUGUUAGAAGGACAAGAUUCUAAACUGCCUUCCUCCGUUCGCAGUACACUUCUGGAACUGUUCGGUCAAAUAGAAAGAGAAUUUGAAAACCUUUAUAUUGAAAAUUUAGAAUUGCGUAGGGAAAUUGAGACCCUCAAUGAACGUUUGGCUGCUGAAGGACAAGCCAUUGAUGGGGCAGAACUGAGUAAGGGCCAGCUCAAGACAAAAGCCAGCCACAGUACCAGCCAGCUUUCUCAGAAACUGAAGACCACGUACAAGGCCUCCACCAGCAAGAUUGUCUCCAGCUUUAAGACCACCACAUCGAGGGCCGUAUGCCAGCUUGUGAAGGAGUACAUUGGCCACAGGGAUGGCAUUUGGGAUGUCAGUGUGGCAAGGACACAGCCCGUGGUGCUGGGGACUGCGUCUGCUGAUCACACGGCUUUGCUGUGGAGCAUAGAGGCAGGGAAGUGCCUUGUCAAGUACACAGGCCAUGUGGGAUCAGUAAAUUCUAUAAAAUUUCACCCAUCAGAGCAGUUGGCUCUCACUGCUUCUGGAGAUCAGACCGCUCACAUUUGGAGAUAUGCGAUUCAGCUGCCGACACCGCAGCCCGUUGCUGACACUAGUCAGCAGGUCUGUGGUGAAGAUGAAAUAGAGUGCUCUGAUAAAGAUGAGCCUGAUGGAGAUGGAGACGUGUCCAGUGACUGUCCUACUAUCCGGGUGCCACUAACAUCUCUUAAGAGUCACCAGGGCGUAGUCAUAGCUGCUGACUGGCUGGUUGGGGGGAAGCAGGCAGUGACAGCCUCCUGGGACAGAACAGCGAAUCUGUAUGAUGUGGAGACGUCAGAACUUGUUCACUCUCUGACAGGGCAUGACCAGGAGCUAACGCACUGUUGCACACACCCCACCCAGCGGCUCGUGGUGACCUCCUCCCGUGACACGACUUUCCGUCUUUGGGAUUUCAGGGACCCUUCCAUCCACUCCGUGAAUGUUUUCCAGGGCCAUACGGACACCGUGACUUCUGCUGUGUUCACCGUGGGAGAUAACGUUGUUUCAGGUAGUGACGAUCGCACUGUGAAGGUCUGGGAUUUAAAGAACAUGAGAUCUCCCAUUGCCACUAUUCGUACGGACUCUGCCAUCAAUAGGAUCAAUGUAUGCGUUGGCCAAAAAAUCAUUGCCCUUCCACAUGACAACCGACAAGUGAGAUUGUUUGAUAUGUCAGGCGUAAGGCUGGCAAGGCUUCCCCGCAGCAGUCGGCAGGGCCACAGAAGAAUGGUGUGCUGCUCGGCGUGGAGUGAGGACCACCCCAUGUGCAAUCUGUUCACCUGCGGGUUUGACAGGCAAGCCAUUGGCUGGAACAUCAACAUUCCUGCGUUGUUACAGGACAAAUAAAGUCACCGGCACUCCUUGUUUUGUAGCUUGCCAUGGACCUGUGACUGGUGCAGGCUUUUCUCAUGUUGAUCCGCCGGUUUUGUGAGAGUCAGACCUAGAAAAGGGUGGUUUGUGUAUUUCUUUCUACAUUGUACCUGGCUUGCAUGAAAUGUACAGAAAAGUGUGUGCUCAUAUAUUUUUGUCUUGUGUGUGUGUGCUGGCAUCCUCUGGUCAGGAGAAAUAGAGCCCCUCCCUCUAACACGCCACGUUUGGUUGGGUACUGGCAUUUGUUUGACAGAUGAUAAGAGGGCAUUAUGUUUAUAUGAGGUGACUGUGACCCUGUGAGUGUGGCAGCCUGCUGCAUUUCUGGAAUAAUUGUACAUCUCGACCUUGUCCUGGGCACAGUGCAGAGCUGCAUCUGCGUUGGCUAAUGAACUGUAGGAGUGAGCCUGAUACGUUACGUGUGCUCUGUCUGAAGUGUUGGCAUAUGCUGUCCCAUGAUUCCGCUUCAGCUCUGUGUUCUGUUACAGUUCAGUGACUUUAACCUGGAUCUUAGAAGUUAAAAAAAAACAACAUUAGAAUGUUGAGUUGGCAACAUUCAGAGUUUCUUUUGAAAAGAAAAAAUUUCUGCUCUUUUUAUAGAAAAUCAUUUCAAUCUCCUAAGGUCUCAUAGUAGCAAAUUCUAAAAUGUAAUGAUUCUAAUCACUGGUUUCACAUAUUAAGCAAAAUUUAAAGCACUUUAGUUUAUAGCUAUGGUUAUAAACAGGUUUAGAAGUUUCAAGUGACUUAUCCACUGAAUGUGAGUUGACCUUUUUAAGAAGGCCCUGCUACCUGAAAACAAAACCUUAUUUAUUUUCUACACCUUUAGUUUGAAUAUUUCUAAAUGGGUUCACUUCCUUGGUGGUAUUUGAGAGCCAAUAAUGCAAAUAAAUGAGUACUACCUCAAAAACAAAUGUGUUUGGAAAACUUGGGAGUCUCACUGUUGCCUAGCUAAAGCACUUUUGACUGAUAGCUGGAAUACUGAAUUCAACUCAGAAGGCAAGGAAGACAAUCAUAGCAAAUGUAUCCUGAAGAUGAAAGGCUCAUCUAUUAGCCAGCGAGGUGGAAACCAGCAGGGUAGUCGGCAGGUAACAAGAUGUGCUUGUCUAGGCAGCUGGGACACUCCUCCCUGCCAACCCUCCCUCUGCCCAAGUGAGCCUGCUGCUCUUGUCUUCUUGGAAUUACUGUUAUCUGAUGUUUGUGGGUUUAUGUUUCUUGUUGAGUUAUAGUUUUGAUAAAGAAGCAUCUCAGUGUGUUGCCCCUCAUGUUUAUAAUCCUUUGAAUGUGUCCACUUGGAGAGGCACAAGAGGGUGAUGUUGAAAAUGAUCAUGGGUGAUGCCCCACAAUCCCUGUGUUUCCUGUUUUGUGGGGACAAGGGGCUGGAACUGGCUGCUGGUGGAGUGCUAUGUGGUGAGUAGUGGAAGCAGAGCAUGCAGGCUGCCUUCGGUUGGAGCAUCCCAGGAGUGGGCUUGGCUCUCUGGAGGCUCCUUUCGCUCAGGUCCCAUGGUAGCUAUCCUGGGAAUGCCAGCCCUGGAUCAUGCGGUAUGGUUCUGAAAGGGUCCACACAGCCUAGGAGGCCUAAAGGAAGCACCGAGAGAAAGCAGUUGUGACAGGUAGUUGAGGUUGUUGACUGAGGGAUGGGCAACACAUGCUUCAGAAGCAGCUUUAUUUUUAAAGCUUAAGAAUUUGUUGUAUUUUAAAAGUCUGGCAUUUCCCCUGACGCUGAGAAUGAAGUCAGGCUUACCCCUGGUGGGCUGGGUAUUCAGGUUCCAGACCUUGCCAUCAGUAAUGGUCUCAUGGCGAGAUAUGAGCUUGCCGUGUCUCCUCUGCUGCUCCACACCCCUAGGUAGGCACAGGAGUAGCUCUUGAGUGACAAGCUACACUGUACAACCAUGCUCCCAGGUUCCAUUUGUGUUUUAAUUUUAAUAUCGGGAUGUAUUGGAGUCAUUCUUUGCAACAUUGAAAAAUGUGUACAAAUAGCUAAGUCAAACGUGCAAACCAGAUCUUUGCCAGAUUAAAAAUAUUUGAAACUUUUAAAUAUAUACAUUUCUGAUGGCCAUUUAGCUCUGUGCACAUUUGUGCCCUUCAUGGCUGCAGCUGCUCACAUCUAACUGGAAGGGCCGGCCUCCUCAGCAUCUCCACAGGUGAAAAGCUCACAGAGCUUGAGUGAGUUCUCAGGAGCAGGGCACACUGUGCAUCACCAUGCCAUCCCUGGACAGGAUUCCGUCUGGUGCAGCUGGGGUCCUGGUGGUGGUUUUAGGAGUCAUGAAGGAGAUCGGGGAUAGUGAGUAUGGGCGUGUGCAUGUGCAUGCGUGUGUGAACGUGCCUUUUGUGGCUGUAAUUAAGUCAUGUGAUCAGCCACAUGUAAACUCAUCUGAAAUAGUGUUUGGAGAUGGGAGAGGUUUUGUCCUAUAUGCUGAAGUGUCCAGAAUUUCAUUUAAUAAUGGAAGGAAAAUAUGUGGUUACUGAAAAAUGUGUAUUGGUAGAGAAUUUCAUAAGAGAUACUGUUGAACAAAGCAACACUCUUUUUCUCAACCACUGCACAUCGGUUUCUGUAGAGUCAGCAAUUCUGUAUAUAUUUUGUAAUCUGAAGAAUCCUAUGUAAAUCAUUUGUUGCUUAAAUCUGUGAAAAACGAGUUUCUUUGGGGGGGAGUAUGCAUUUGUAAGUGUUGUGCCGAAGCAUGUGUUUUUAUUGUACUGAUGCAAUUGUUUUUAAGUGUUCAGUGUCUUCAUUGCAAUAUGAAAUUCAUUAAAAAUCCAUGUUCCAUAA